AGGAGAAUGCGUUUAUGCGGUUUACUUAUUUCUUGUUUGAGUCUGUGCUAUGGCUAUAAGUUCCUUGUCUACUCACCCAUCUACGGUUAUUCUCAUACAAAUUUCAUGGGUGCUAUAGCAGAUACGCUCACAGAGGCUGGACAUAAUGUGACCAUGCUCAUGCCUGUCAUGGAUUUCGAACAGGAAAAUAAAACUGGUGUAAAACUGACGAAGCACGUGAUCAAAGUACCAACCGAUCCGCGGGUUGUUGUCAUGAUGAAAUACAAAGCAGAUAUCUUGAGCAAAAUGUGGACUAUGGAGCCAAGCAUUUUCGGAAUGCUAAAUAUGGUCCGGAACAUGACUAAGUCAUUCGUUUACCAAUGUGAAAGGGUUAUCACGGAUGAGCAGCUGUUGAAACAAUUACGAGAUGAAAAGUUUGAUGUCGGCAUUUCGGAAGCUAUUGGCAUAUGUGGUUUUGGAGUUUUUGAGCUUGCCCAAAUACCAGCCUCUAUAGCAGCCCUCUCCAUUGUUCAUAAAGAAAGUGUGGCGGCUAUGAUUGGCGAGUCUGUCAACCCCAGCUAUGUGCCAGGGCCAUUUUCUUUGUCUGGUGAUCGUAUGGGAUUCGUGGAUAGACUGAAAAAUAUAUUGGGAGUAGUUGCUGGAGAAACAUUUUUCAAAGGAGUCUUCAAUGGCGAGGAGGAGAUUUUCCGGAGAACGUACGGACCACAGUUCAAAGGCCAUAAGCAACUGAUAGCUGAGGCAUCCUAUCUGAUGACGAACUCCAACCCAUACCUGGACUAUCCUCGUCCGAUGUUGCACAAGACUGUGCCAAUUGGAGGGAUUGCUGUAUCGAUAGAUUCUAAGAAAAACAAACUCUCAAAGGAAUGGGAUGCUAUCUUGAACGAACGGAACAGCACUGUCCUAGUGUCGUUCGGAUCGCUGGCAAAGGCGAUCUACAUGCCGGAGCAGUACAUAAACUCGCUUCUGACAGUGUUUGAGAGGAUGCCAGAGACCACAUUUAUAAUGAAAUAUGAAGAAGAAGGUGCAAAGAUAGCGGAUCAUCUCCCCAAUGUUCAUCUAAGCACCUGGUUUCCUCAAAAUGCUCUUUUGAGUGACCCUCGUCUUAACGCAUUCGUCACUCAUGGAGGAUUGGGUAGCACAACGGAACUUGCUCAUCAAGGGAAACCGGCUAUACUCAUUCCUCUCUUUGGUGACCAAUCCCGUAACGCAGGAAUGCUGGCCAAGCAUGGAGGAAGUAUCGUCCUAACAAAAUAUGAUCUGGAGAAUCCAGAAAAAUUGGAAAAAUCGCUUCGCACCUUGCUCAGCGAUCCGAGUUAUGCUCAAAAUGCCAAGCGUCUUUCGAGCAUGCUGAUUAAUCAACCGAUUAGUGCUAAGCAGCUUCUUGUACGACACAGUGAAUUUGCAGCAGAAUUCGGUCGUGUACCGAACCUGGAUCCAUACAGUCGCCAGUUAUCAUUUAUACAGUAUUAUCUCAUCGACAUUAUAUUAGUAACUAGUGCCGAUAUGCUAGACACCUUCAUAUUCCUACUGCAUGUUCUGCCCAACAUCAUCGGUCUUCUGCUCAACGCUCUACUCUUCGUCAUAGCACGAUAUCGCAGCCCAAGCAAUAUUGAACAAUACUCUCUACUCAUUCUAAAUUUUGCUGUAUGCGAUUUCUUUGCAUGCCUGACAUCCUUAUUUGUAUGUCAGAGAAUAAUACCAAACGGAACGUCAUUGUUCUAUCUUUCCGAAGGACCAUGCCGAUAUUUUGGUGCUAGAACUUGCUAUGUUAGCUACAGCGUAAUGCUUCAUCUAUACGCCCACACCCUGUACAGUACCCUAUUAUCAUUCUCAUUUCGAUAUUACAUAUUGAAUUAUCAAACGCCAUCGAGAAACACGCUAAAACUGCUCAUUCUACUUAUCUACGUUCCAUCUUUUGUCCAAAUGGUACUCUUCAGCUUUGCGGAUGAUCCGGCAGAGAUUAUUCAACCUUUGCUCCAAGAAGCAUAUCAUCAGUACAAUCUUACCGGUUGCACGAUUACUGGUAAUCUGAAUGUCUUUGAAUGGAAAGCCCUCAGCACAAUUCUGCACAUGACUGUGCCAAUCACUCCAGUCUAUGACGAAGCACCUGCACCAUCAGUUACUCAAGGUGAGAAAAGUGUGGUACAGACCGAAUCAAGAAAUGGCAGAGCACAAGCAAGUGGUUCAAAUGUGUCUCUCUCUGUUGAUUGA